AAUUCGGUGGGCAGGUAGCGAUCACCGGCGUCUAAGGUGCCACGUACCUGUUGGCACGACCAGAUUAUGGCCUUUUGGGCCAUAAAACAGGUAUCAGGCGGGCCGGCUGAGUGGGUGACAUUCCUGGAAAAACCGUGGAAAACACGCUGGCGUUGAAUGAAUAAGUGUAUAUCAAUUGCCUCCCUUGGCAGAGAAUACUUCAGUUGACGAGCUUCCGUCCAGGCGAACAGAUCGACAUGCAGAUGCACAUGGAACUCCCCUAUGGCCACGGCUACGACCCAAUCAGGAGGCAACCACCGCCGCCUCCACCGCCACAACAGCAUUGGUCCAACAACGGGUUCUCCGACGACUCAGCUUCCUGUUUCCGCCGGGGAUCCUACAUUGAACUGGGCAGCGGGGCCAUGCGUCGCGUGGAGGACAUACGCACCGAGGACUUCAUCCAGUCGGCGCUGCGUAGUCAAAUUUUUGAACUGCGAGAGGCCACAGUCGUUAGGAUAGACCGGGGAGGAUGCCCCAGCCACGUGACCCUCACCUUCAGUUACGACACACACCACGCCAAGGUGGACUUGGAGGUGCAGCCGGGUCAUCCGAUGUUUGUUUACGGACAGGGCUGGGCCUCCUGCGAUCCACAGUUGUCGAUGCAGCUGUACGAGCUCAAGUGCCAGCAGCUGCAGGUGGGCGACAUCUGUUUGUCGCUGGUGCCACGCGAGCAGCCCGCCGCGCCAUGUCCUCCUCCGCCGGCGCCGCCACCACCAUGUCCUCCUCCCUCUCUGCCCACGUCAAUGGAAAUGCCAGCUCCGAUGGGAUCUCCGCCUACCGGCAGCUAUGGAUUGCCGCCGUUCAAGCAUCCGUACCAGGUGUAUGCCCAAAUGGCCAGUUUUGUGGCCGUUUACACCCAGCACAUGAUGGGAAAGCUUAACUAUUAGGCCACAAAUUUAAGGGUUUGGCUGGCGUUUCAGGAAUAUAUUCAGCACUAUUCCUUGUAUACGCCGCGCACGUAAAAAUUGAAUAUAUGUACAAAAAAGUGCAUUGUAUUUUGACUUUUUUUCUUAAAUAAAGUUUAAAGUAACUGUAAUUUUGGUUCAAAUUGCGCGCGCAAAAUAGAACAGAGAUGGCACUUUGGCCGAUACCCACUGCA